AUGUACAACUCAUGGGAGCCCGAGCACCACGUUGGCGACGAGCUGAUAGCCAACUGGGAUCGCAGCAAGGACGAUGCCGCGGCGGCCGACGCGGACGCGGCCGUGGCCACCACCGGCACCCGCCGUCUCGGGCCUCGGCGCGCUGCCACUCCCGCUGCCGCUGCCGUUGCCCCUGCUGCCGCUGCCCCUGCCGCUGCCCCCACCACCGCCGCUGCCGCCACAGGGCCAGGACCAGGGCCGGCAGGGGCUCACCGCCUUAGUCGUGAGGAGCGUGCAGCUGCCCGUGGUGCUGCCCGUGGUGCUGCCCGUGCUGCUGCUGCUCCAGCUCCGGCUCCGGCUCCGGCUGUGCCUCUGGCCGCGGGCGCAGCGGGUGCUGGGCCUUCGGGUGCGCGCGGCGGAAAGGCUCCAUGCAAGCUCUGCUCGCUAAACCACUUCGCUGGCUGCGAUGUGAGAAAGACAAAUAUUGGUUGUGAUCGGUGCGAAACAUGGGGUCUUCAGUGCGUCUCGCAAGACGGCCAGACCCAGUACCCGACCAGGCCCGAGUACGCGGGCACGGGAGAGCUGUUCAAGCUCAGAGUUGUCAAGUGCGAGCAGUGCAAGGAAAACAACCGCCCCUGCGACAGGACCGAGUUCUGCAUCUCGUGCGCCCAGAACGGCGAGGACAUGUGCGACCGCGGGGCCCGGGCGCUAACCUUCGCCCCAGGCUCGGCCACGGGCGACGACCAGCCCUUGUACUUCCAGGCCCUCGGCUGGGACGGGCAGCUCGGGGUCCCCAAGAACCCGCCCAGGGCCGAGGUCCCGGGCCCGCCCUACCCGAUGGAGCUGCGCGUCGCCAAGACGUGGCCGAAGUACUACGGCUGCCGCCGCCUGGACCCGGACCGCGACGUCUACAGGUUCAGGCAGCGCACCCACGCGCCCCCGGGCUUCCAGGAGCACGACGCCCCGGUUGUAACCGUGCGGGAGGUCGCCGAUGCGUUAUAUGUGCCGCCGCCACCGCCGCCUCCUCCCCCCGCGCCGCCUGCCCCUCCCGCGCCGGCCGUGGCUCCUGCCCCGUCUCCUUUCGUGGGCCCUGGCUUUAGUCCGGCUCUGCCGCCGCCGCCGCCGGUUGCGCCUCCUGCUCCGGGCUUUGAUUACGCUCUGUUGGAUCCCGCUUUGGGUGGUGGUCUUCCUCCCCCUGCGCCCAUGGCACCGCCUGCUGUUGCGCCGCCUGCCGCAGCGCUGCCUCCAGCUGGACGAGCCGCUGGAGGUGCCGCUGCGGAUGCAGAUGGCGACCUGAUCAUGACGGACGCGGAACGGGAAGCCUACGGCAGGGAGCCUCAAGGGCCUUCGCAGCCGUGGACGUUUGACGACGACUUCCUUCCGCACUUCACCGAAGACGGCCUCGUCGACCCCAUAUUCGACGGCCCGAUCGUGCGGCGGCUGCCGCCGCGCGCCUACAUCACGCCGGGGCCGUACGGGCGCGACGACGACGACUACCCGGGGGAGGGCAGGCCCUAUGUGGGCCUGCUCUCGGCCGGCCAGCCCAACUUUUACAACCGGAGCACGCUCCGGCAGACGGACGCGCUGUCCCGCCUGCAGGCCAACCCGGACGCGCACCUCGACGACCCGGGCCUGGUCGACCUCCCCGUCCGGCCCGACCACCUGCUCCUGAGGCGCGCCGACGUGCUCGCCCGUCUGGGCCACGACCCGGCCGCCGCGCGCCGCGCCGCCGAGCCCGUGGGUGCCGAGUACGACAUUGCGCCGCGCCAGCUGCUCCCGCUCACGUCCGUCAGGGUCCGGGACCCCAUCGGCCUGCCGUGCCUGUUGGACUUUGGUGGUGGCGGGUCCCGCGACGACGAGGAGGAGCGGCUGCGCCCGCACAUGAGGUGCCGCGAGCCCCGCCGCCCGUGGCCGGACCCGUCGGCGUGCGGCAACGACACGGACCGGUGGUGCGAGGACGCGCGCCACCACCACCCGCAGCAGCAGCCCUCGCCCGACGACGGUAACAACAACCACUACUGGGUCUGCGAGGACCCCUGCGACAUCUCCAGCAAGCGCGCCAUCCUCGACCCCGGGAACCAGGGGCUCGGCCACCUGCAGACGGCGCUCAACCUGCGCAUGUACUUUUGCGCCACGUGCACCGCGGGGCUGGCCAAGAAGUCGGCCUGGCAGGGCAGCGGCUUCCGCGUCUGGUUCCGUGGUGACGACGACGGCGAGGACGGCGCCGCGGCAGCCGUCGUGAGCGCAACCGACGCCGACGGCCACGGCGCCUUCAUGCCCGACGGCAGCGGCGGCGGCGGCAACCCGCUCGACCCGCUCGACCGCCCCCUGCCCGCCGUCACGGGCUGCUCGUGCUCGGCCAAGCUGCUGUACCGCACCCUGUGCCAGCACCACCGCCUCUCGCUCGCCGACGCCGUCGUGCGCGCCGCCGGCCUGCAGCGCGAGUGGGUGCUGACCGUCUACGGCGUCGGCAACGUGUGCCCGCGCUGCCUUAAAAAGGGCGGCGGCCUCCCGCCCCCACCCGCCGGCGCCGGCGCCGUCGCCCAGGACCUCGUCACCAUCGAGGGCAUGGCGGACCCGGCCGCGCCCCUGGCCAUGGCCUGGAUGCAGAACCUGCGUCUGGACAAGCGCGGCGCCUACGACGGCCUCGACCACCUGGCCUACAUGUGCCUCGCCUGCCAGGACCGCGUCGUCGGGCCUAGGGACACGGUCCACCGUGAGAUCCGCUGGCCCCCCGGCUUGGACCCCAUGGACCGGGUGGCCUUGAGGGACUAG